AUGAGCCUCACCGAUGUUCUGUAUGACCUAAGAAGAGAUCUCGUAAGUCUGGUACUUCCGAGAAGCGCUCUUGAAGUUUCUGGACCGGGGACGAUAAGCCCUGGCCCACCCUCACAGUCCUUGAGCGUCAACGCUAACAAAAUUCGCCAACAGAACCAAAGCAGUGAUCCCAGAGUUGGGAGUGCACGGGAUAAUGCGACUGGGACCUCAGUAUCACGAGUUCCUACCCAGGGCACUAAUUCCUCCUCGUUUGCGACUCUAUUCACGACCUUUGUGCCCCUCGCAAUCUACGCCGUGAUAUGUAUCGUGAUAUUCUUCGUCUUGCGUCGGAAAAUUCCACGAGCGUACUCCCCAAGAUUGUUUUUGAGCAGUCUUGACGUCUAUGAACGAUCCCCCACUCUACCUUCUGGGUGGUUUAAUUGGUGUAAACCCUUUUACCAAACCCCAGACACGGUAGUACUGAAUCACUCAUCACUUGAUGGAUUUCUCUUCCUUCGAUAUCUAAAGAUCCUCUGCGUAAUAUGCGGAGUUGGAUGUCUCAUAACGUGGCCGAUACUUCUCCCCUAUCAUGUCCAUGGAGGAGGGGUCAACGUUCAACUGGAUUCACUAACAUUUGGAAAUGUCAUUCAUCCGAGCUGGUUCUAUCUGCAUGCAUUUUUGGCCUGGAUAUUCUUUGGCUUCAUCAUUUAUAUGGUGACUCGAGAAUGUGUAUAUUUCAUUAGUCUACGCCAGGCUUACCUUCUGUCUCCACUAUAUUCGGCCCGCCUAUCUUCAAGAACUGUUCUUUUCACAUCGGUUCCCCAACACAUACUGGAUGAGCGGAAACUUCGGAGGGUGUUUGGGGAUACUGUCAAAAAUAUUUGGAUCCCCCGAGAAACCGAUGAUUUGGAUGAGCUAGUAAAGGAAAGAGAACAAACAGCAGAGCGUUUGGAAAAAGCAGAAAUUCUGCUGAUCCAGAAAGCAAAUGCCGCGUACAGGACAGCUGUUGCACAUGGCCAUCCCGAUAUCCAUACUGGACUCGAGUCCCCAGCAACCGGCUUUUCUAAAGAGGUCGAAACUCAGACCAAUUCUGUCAGCCCUACAAGUUCAUUCAGCCCAAUAAUGCCGGCGAGUCCAAUGGGUCCAGGCACCCCACAAGAUAAUCCACGUACCGAUGGAACGCCCAUUUCAAAACCGAGCUAUGGAUUCAGUAGCCCUUUGUCAGAUGUCAACGGCUCAGUUGCAUCUCAAUGGAUACCCCACAGCCAACGGCCAGUUCAUCGACCUAUAGCAAAUUACGGAAGAAGGGUUGAUACCAUCAAGUGGACGCGGAGUCGCCUCAAGGAGCUCGCCCCAAAGAUCGCCAAGCUGCGUGCUCAAUAUCGAAAAGGCAAAGCCGUGCCUAUACCUGCCGUGUUUAUCGAAUUCCAUACGCAAGUCGAUGCACAGAGCGCAUACCAAACAUUGGCCCAUCAUCGUGCAAAUCAUAUGGUCCCGGAAAUUGUCGGCGUACGGCCACAGGAGAUCAUUUGGUCGUCACUGAAACUUCGAUGGUGGGAAAGAAUUAUCCGCAGAUUCUUGAUUCAAGGAUUCAUUGCAGCUAUGGUUAUCUUCUGGUCAGUUCCAGCUGCUUUGGUUGGGAUGAUUUCCAGCAUCAAGUUCUUGACAACCAAGCUUACUUUCCUAUCAUGGAUCAACAAGCUACCAAAUAUUGUUCUUGGAUUAAUUUCUGGGCUGCUUCCUGCUGUAGCAUUGGCAAUGCUCAUGGCAGCCGUCCCAAUCAUGUUGAGAGCCUGCGCCCGUCAAGCCGGUGUUCCUACAGAGGCGAAAGUAGAGUUAUUCGUUCAAAAUGCAUAUUUCCUCUUCCAAAUCGUUCAAGUAUUUCUCAUCACAACAUUGACAUCGGCCGCCUCCUCGGCAAUCACGGAUAUUAUUAAAGACCCAAUGUCUGCCCGAAGCCUACUAUCGCAAAAUCUACCCAAGGCCUCAAACUUUUACAUUUCUUACUUCAUUUUACAGGGCUUAGCUAUGAGUGCUUCGAGAAUCGUCCAUCUAGGGAGUGUUAAUCGACACUAUUUCAUGGGUAAUUCUGGAUCGAAUCCAAAGUUGAUCUCUGCGCGUUACCAUCGCCUCCGGAAGAUUCAUUGGGGUAGUGUCUACCCUGUUUUCACGAAUAUGGGUGUCAUUGCAAUAUCCUACUCUCUUAUUGCACCCAUCAUCCUCGGAGUAGCUACUAUUGGCCUCUUCCUUGUUUACAUCACCUACCGAUGGAAUCUGCUCUACGUUUACUCUUCAGAGCGUGACACCCGUGGCCUGCACUAUCCCCGAGCUCUAAAGCAAACUCUCGCCGGAGUUUACCUGGCUGAAAUCUGCAUGAUCGGCCUCUUUGGUGUCAAAGGUGCCUAUGGUCCCCUAAUAAUGAUGUUUGGCCUCAUCAUCUUCACCACUUUGAUACAUAUCUCUCUCAAUGACGCACUUGGUCCUCUACUUUAUAACUUACCCCGUACCGUCGCCGCCGAAGAAGCCCUGCGAAAAUUAGGCAAUGAUUUUUUCAACGCAUCAAACCUUAACGACAUGCACGAUGCUAUUGAUGUCCAAGACUCAGAACUACAACAUACUGGCUACGAUUCCGAUUUUGACCCCUCCAACCCCUCCGACACAGUUAACCACGGCGAUCAGUCAUCCCGAGGAGCGGGUGUAGAAGGCGUAGAUGCAGCCAUCAAACUUAGCACUACGACCGCUAAAUCAUUCGCGAGAAAGAAGUUCGAAAGCUCACCCAUUCCAGCCCUGAUCGCUAAAUUCGACUUCUGGACCUUUUGGAUCUCACCCGAUCCAAACAUAAAACCCAACUUUCUGCUCAAGUUUCUCCAUCCGGAAAUCUUCGCUGAUUACCACAUAUUGCGACAGCAAAUCCCAGACGACGCUGUCCCGGAGUACGCGUACGAGGAUUCCGUGCUGAGAGAUGCGUAUAGUUCGCCUAGCAUGAGGAAGCGGUCGCCGAGAAUCUGGCUGCCCAGAGAUGUGGCGGGGAUCAGUCGACAAGAAGUUGCGCAUAGCGCGAAGGUGAUUGAGGUUACUGACGAGGGAGCGUGGCUGGGUGAAAAGGGCGGGGUGAUUGUAGAUCUUGAGGGCGAGACGAGUGGGUGGGUGUUGAGAGAUUAUGAGAGGGUCAAGUUUUGA